UAAUCACCCUUUAAGCGUCUCAUAUCACAUGAAAAUGAUGUAGCCGGGCUGACAAUGUUUUCCAAUAUCAUCUCUUCACAUCUUUGGACUCUUCUUACUAUAUCUGUCACUGUGGCUCGUGAAGAAGACAAUGAAUAAUGUCCGAUCUUUGUCGCAGCCUCUACCUUAUACGAUCACGAUGAAAAACUGUGCACUCCAGAUAAAAAGAUUGUGCAAACGUCCCCAUAUAUCUCUCCUCGAACCAUGUCACCCAAGCUCGUACAUCUCCCGGCCAGCAGCACUCAGGUUCCAGGUGUUGCGACCAUGAUCAACGCUGAGUAUGGGACCCUUCCGCCCAAGCAGGACGAGCUCCCUCUUUACCUCUGCAUCCUGUACAUCAUAGUCCUCUCAAUCACAGUGUUCAUGUUAGUCAUCGUUAAAAGACGCUACGAGGCAGACUUCAUACCACGGUCUAGCAGCUUUGAGCCCAUAUUGCCAUACACGCAGCAGAAUUUUGAAGAGCGACGACUGCUCUUCUUUCAGCAGUCAGUCUUCAAAAGUCCAUACGGAGACUGGUGGGCUUCCGUCCAGACUGAGCGCAGCAAGCUUAUGGGUUACAACAACCUCGCGAUCUGUCCCAUAUGCCUAGAGGUUGUGACCAGAACGCAACAGAUAUAUCUACUCUCAUGUCAGCAUGUAUUCCACGACCGAUGUUUGGAAGGAUGGGUCAUGAGCGGCAGGAAUACUUGUCCCUUAUGCCUUGAAAUAAUGGCAAGGCCUGGCAGAAAAGAGUCAGUGUAGAUAGGGCAUAGACUAAGAUAGUCCAUCGUCCCCGAGAGAUCACAUAUUAAACAUCUGC